GGAAGAAGGGCCACGGAGGCAUUGGCAUCUUUCCUGUUGGGCUGUCAAUCAUCUGCUGAGUGGGAAAUGCUUUGAUCUUUUCCUUCAUCUUCCGUCUCGAUUGACGAAGCCACUGGGGCAGUGGGCCCGGCUCGUCCAGCCGCAGGGCCGAAGGGUCAGAUCUGUCCGCGAUGAGCGGUCGGGGCGACGCGCCAAAGGCGCCCGCGUCAUCGGGUACACCAGUCAUGAAAAGAUCCGUCCGCAGACUCACACAAACACAUGAAAUGUGCCAUACUCUCUGUGGCUGCUGUGUGCUGUCACCAGGUGCCAGUGACGUCAUGCGUGAGCUUCCCAGGACAACCGCUGGAGGCCCAGGGCGAAUGGCAUCCACCGCACCCCAGACACCCCACGCACACGGCAGCCCAUCGCCAGCUGGUAUUCCUGGGCAGUCGCCGCCCCCACAGGAUCCCCCGCAGCCCACCAACCAGCCGUCCCCCGACCCCCGCACACCUCAGAACCAUCGCGGCACCAUCGAGUCUGGCGGUCCCUCUGGUGGAGGUCAGGGAGUCGAGAGCGGUGGGGCGUGUGGCGAGGGCGAUGGUCGAGGAGCGGCAGCAGGGGUCGCCGCGGCCGCGGCAGCAGACCUCUCACUCUCAAGUGGUAAGCCGUACCGACUCGUAGAUGUCCGUCAUCGCGGUGUGUGUUGUUGUUGACUUCAGUGACCGACAAGGAUGAAGAGGAUGCCCAGGGUGAUGAAGAGGGUGGUGCUGGUGGUGGUGGUAGUGGUGAAGGGAAACAGGAGGACCGUCGCAUCGUCCUUGCCCGCCAGAAGGCCAUGAAGGGCAAGCACGGUGGCGACGGCGAUGAGGAAUACACGCCCGGCGAAGAUGGUAUUCACUGUACACCAUGACCUGUCUUGUGUGGUUCAUGGUGGACUCAUGUGUCUGUCAUGCAGAUCUGGCUGAGCAUCAGGAGCUCGCCAUCGAGGAGAAGGAGCAGGGUGAGCAGGAGGACGGUGUACCUGCUGCCGCUGCUGCUGCUGGUGGUGCCAGUGUUGUGCCGGCCGCCGCUGCUGCUGCAGGGGUCAGGCGGAUGACCACCUCUGCGCCUCCUGCAGACAGCACUACGAGAUGACCGCAACCAAGAAGCGGUACAGCAGAAGCAUCUUCGCCCGCCUCCGCCAGUCCCACCCGGACGUGCAGCUCACCUUCACACCCAUCCCCCACCAAACCCCCGACCAAGACGCCGUGACCGUCACCAUGGGCCCCUUCACCGACAGCAACGGCGAGGCCUUUUACGUGCCGGAGGUCGUGACCCGUUCGGCACGCAAGAGGAAGAGCCUUAUGGGCUGGUACUUUAACACCCUUUGCCAGAAGGCCAAGAGGGCGAUUGAAGACCCUCCCGACCACCACGAUUACUUCGACGAGGACGAGGAUGGCACAAGAGUGUUCGUCCAGCGAAGUAAGUGGCUGGCUGGCUUCCACACACACACAACCGGAAGCAUGGCGGGCGGGUUCCGCCUGUAUGUGUGUGUCGCAGGGGUCAAGCCGAAGGCCAAGGCCAAGGCCAACAACGUCAGGCGACGGGCGCCAGCAGGUGGGACACCCACCCAAAGAGACCGUUUGGACUGCACGAGACCUUCUGGUUGCGUAAAUGGGUGAAUGCAGUGGCUGAGGAGAUGGGCGACGGCGAGCAGCAGCAAGUGGACGAACAUGCGAUGGCGGCUGCUGCCGCGAAUGGGCCGCCCUUCCCCUGGCAUCCCAUGUGGCCCUUCGACCAUCCGCCUCCCCCGUUCUGGCCACCACCGCCAUACUUCUACGGUGCGCUCGGACACACGAACAGACGGCCGAAGUGAUGCACAGAUGCAUAUUUCUCUCGAUGGCUGCAUGUUGGGGACAGAUCACGGCGGCAUUGCUGUGGAAGGCCCCCCAUUGCCGCCAGGAGUCACAACGGGCCAUACAUCCAACCAGGUGAUUGCAUGAGUGAGUGGACAGCGCCCAGCGAUCCUUUACGUCUUGUUGUGUUUCCAUUUCCGUCAAGUGUUCGUCCCCCGGCGAACUCGGCUGCACCGCCGCAUCGCCCUCCCCCUGUGCCCCCGCCACCACCAGCUGCCGCCCCCAUGGCUCUCCAGCCGGCUGCAGGCGGCCCCACAACCCCUGUGUCGGCUGCUGA